AUGAACUCAGUCUCUCCGAGCGCCGCUCAGUAUGUGGGCAGCGGGACGCUGCCGUCCACCUCGGAGCAGGUUCUGGAGCCCAGGAGCCAUUUUGGCCAUGCGUUGCUCGCUGACAGCAACAAAGAGAGUUCUGGAGAGCCGGACGAAGUGGAUCGCCUGAAACUGAAGCUAAUGUCAGCCUGGAACAAUGUCAAAUACGGAUGGUCAGUGAAGACCAAAACCGUCUUUAACAAAACAUCCCCUCUGAUCCUAAUGGGCCAGUCCUACUUGCUCAGCAGUGAAGACGAGGUGGAGCGUUUUCGGCUAGCGUUUGGCUCUCGCGUCUGGCUAACCUACAGGAAGGAGUUUCCUCAGCUGGAGGGAUCAAGCUUGACUUCAGACUGUGGCUGGGGCUGCAUGCUGCGCAGUGGUCAGAUGCUGCUGGCCCAGGGCCUGGUGGUCCACUUCCUGCCUUUAGACUGGCGAUGGCCAGAAUGUCCUCAGUUGACCGAUGUGGAUUUCGAGGUGCUGAGGCCGCGCUCCCCAUCCCGCACUGCUGCCAUCUCCAUCCCCUCCUUCAGCUCGUCCUGGGGCACCGGCAUGACCCAAAAGCAGCCGUCCAGUAUAGCUAGUGAGGGGCUGAAACGAGCUCAGUCAGGUCGUCUCCAGUCAGGACGGGAGCCACAGGCUGAGGGGCUUCACCGGAGGGUGGUCUCCUGGUUCGGGGAUCAGCCUUCUGCGCCGUUCGGGGUGCACCGGCUAGUGGAGCUGGGUAAAGAGUCGGGGAAGAGGGCAGGGGAUUGGUACGGACCCUCACUCGUCGCGCACAUACUGCGGAAAGCAGUGGCCAGAAGCUCAGAGGUGCAGAAUUUAACUUUAUACGUGGCUCAGGACUGCACAGUGUACAAAGAGGAUGUGAUUAGGCUGUGUGAUCAGAGGGUGUUGGACUCCAGCAGCCGUUCAGACUGGAAAUCUGUGAUUAUCCUGGUGCCGGUGCGGCUCGGAGGAGAGACACUCAACCCUUCCUACAUCGAAUGUGUAAAGAAUAUUCUGAGGUUGGAUUGCUGUAUCGGGAUCAUCGGAGGGAAACCCAAACACUCACUCUUCUUCAUUGGCUUUCAAGAUGAGCAGCUAUUAUAUUUAGACCCACACUACUGUCAGCCUGUGGUGGACGUCACACAAGGCAGCUUCUCACUGGAGUCAUUUCACUGUAACUCUCCCAGGAAGAUGAACUUUAACAGAAUGGAUCCCAGUUGUACCAUCGGCUUCUACGCUCGCAGUAAAAAAGACUUUGAGUCUCUGUGCUCAGCAGUCAGUGUGGCGCUGUCGUCGAAGGAGCGCUACCCCAUCUUCACGUUUGUGGAGGGCAGAGGGCAGGACUACGGGCUGGACAGCUACAGUGGAGGGAGCACAGACGCAUCCACGCAUAUUAUCCCUACUGGUGGACUCAAUGGGAACAAAAAGAGGGGCAGCGCUGACGAGUUUGUUUUUCUGUGAGGAAGAAGCUAUGUGUGUAUCACCACCCUCUGCUCUCCAUGACGUUUUUGGACUGCUAUACCUCUAAAAGGAACAAACCAGUGCUGUUCAGUCUAAUCCGUCUCUAACUUGUAUGGCUGAUUACCACAGACAGUAAUGCAGAACCUGAGCUAAACCACUGAGCAGUUGUGCUGGAUAUCCAUGGAUAAAUAUUUGAAAUAUGUGCCUAUGCAGUGCGAGUGUACGAUUGGAUGUGUUACGAUAAAACAGUGCAGUUUUUAGGAUCAGUCAGGCAUGAGAGAACGUCUCACCAACGUUUAUUUCAACUGUUCAACAUUCAACUGUUGCAGCAACACUAAAAAAAGAAGGUCCAGGAACUUUUGCUUUCCAUGUGGUUUUCUAGUAUCUGUUGCGAGCCUGUGGAAACUCCCACAGCACUACAGUGACAACAUGGUGGAAAUCAGAAAAACUAGCUCCAACUCUGAAAGAAUAGAUGAUAGAGAUUUAUAGCUACGUUUACAAAUACCUUUGACUGACGGAUUUUUAUACAUCGCUGUCAGAAGAAUCCAUCUCCAAAAUAGUAACUUUUACAGGAGAAGGAAAAACUUUUACAAUAAAAGUAAAAAAAAAAAAAGUCAGUGGAAACAGACACCCCCCCCCCCCCCCCCCCCAAGUAAUUUUGGGCUGGUGAUUUGGUCCUUUCUUCAUUAACUUUACACACAAUGUAAAGGACAACAGGCGUCGUCAAAUUAUGUCAAAAACUGAAAAACGACAACAAUGGAGGUUUUCAUCCGAGAGUAGUGGUAGGUUUACGGAUUGAAUUCAGCAACUGCCCAUUGACUUCUGUUGUAACUGAGUUUCAAGGCUUUCUGCUCAAUUCCAGAGUUCAGAGAAACAUAUGAAUUGUCCAUGGUGUUGGCCAUAUGCUGCAGAUUAGGCUGAAAAGCGCUAGCUUGUUCCUCCAGCCUGCCACUCAAAUCAAUGACACUGUCGUUGCUAAUGACCGAUGCAGUGGCCAUUGUGUUGUUCAAGCUGAGUGUAGCAUGGAUGCUUGAGUGAGCGUGUCGAGUUUCCCUACACUUCUCAGUCUCUCUCUCUCUCCCUCUCUCUCUCUCCCUCUCCCUCUCCCUCUCCCUCUCUCGCUCUCUCCCUCUCUCCCUCUCUCUCUCUCUCUCCCUCUCUCUCUCUCUCUCUCUCUCUCUCUCUCUCUCUCUCUCUCUCUCUGGUGAGGUAUAUGCCAAAAAUGUAACAUCAUGAUACUUGAAGACAUUUCAUGGUAAACAGUACACAUUAUGAAUAUAUUUAGAACCCUUCAGCUUUCAUAAGCUGGAGUACCCGGUUGUGUCACAAUUCACACACUGCAUAGGUCUGCGUUCAAAUGAAUAGAAGCGCUUUAUUGUCUGCAUUCUGGCAUCAUCACAAAACUUGCAAAUUCUUACACUAUUUUGAAACUUUAGAGAGCUGCACCUUUUUGUGAGCCUCUUGUUGGCGCCUAGAAAUGACCUGAUACUACUUUUUUCUUGUCUGAUACUGAUAUCGAAUCCUUUUUGAUGUUUGUUCUUUAAAAACGAUUGAACAUUUAAAAAUGAUCUGUUUUUAAAGCUGCAGUCUUUAAGAUUUAAAUAUUUAAAUUGAAUGAUCAUCAAAUUAAAUUGAUAACACUUUAAAUUGAAUGAUCAUCGCUGAGUCAGGAAAUGUAAACAGGCUCAUAUAUAGCAUGCGUGCGCUGUUGCAAGUCGCCCUGUAAAGCCUUUAAUAAUCAUUUCUAAACGUUUGCUCGGAUUUUGCAGGAGGUUUUUUUGACUUCAAAUGCAGAGGCUUAAAAAGAAGCUCCGGCUAGAUGUUGAGGUCUCAGAUGCAAAAUCAACAUUAAACUGAUGCAGAUAUGAUGACAAAAGUCGAUCAUUCACUUUCCACAGUUCUGUCCAUGUUAGACUUGUUCCCUGUUUCUGUGAUAGUUGACAUGCAAAGUUCGCUUUGGAAUCAUUUUAAGAGAAACCGAA